UUAGUAGAGACCGUGUAUAUAACACAAUAUAAAUAUGUAUGGUUGGUAUGAUAUACUAGCCUACAGGGUUACGGUAAACUGUGGUGUGUUUAUGUUACGAUAUCUGUGAAAAACGUUGAACAUUGGGAAAUAUUAAUAUUGACAAUCUGGGUACCAUUCAUCUCUAAAUAUUUAUUGCUAAAAUAUUUGUGUUUUAUAAAGAUUCGAGGAGGAAUCAGACUAGCAGUUUUUGCGUGGGAAUAUAGCCGGUGUUUGUUCUGUGAAAAAUGUCCGGCUUUGGAACGUAUUGGACUGAAGUAUAUUAACUUUCAAAAUCAGAAAGUUUAAAAACUCAACGGAAAACUUAACUUUGACGUCGAAAUUAAAAUGUGUUUCGUAUGUGGGAAAAAUUCAAAAUAGUUAUUAUGUAACUGAGAGGAGUAUGGUACGGAGGCGUAGCAUAACACUUUAAUUCAUACAUAUCUUGGUAACAUGGCGACAUUUGACCAUGGGUUUUAAUAACGAUGUGAAGCGUUUCAUUUCAUUUCAAAUUAAUUUUAUUAUGAAGUUUUAAAGAUGUGUUUUUGUGAUGUACGGUACUGUUACUUAGGUCAUCGGAUUGUGAACUUUGAUAGUUUAGGAAGGAUGUGGAAGUUAUGAAAUAUCAACUGAUUCGAUGAAACAAUAUCAAAAGGAAUAACUGAAUGAACAAUGACAAGAGGUUUGUAGUUUAUACACAGUAAAUAUGGACAAGACAAAACCUGGAGGGGCUGGCAAAGUCAAGGUCAAAACCACGACCAGCAAGGUGGGGAAGCCCCAGAAACAGAUUGUGUUUCCCGAGGAGGAUUACAAUGUACCCAGCAAUAGGCAGUCCCCUGUUGGUUACAUCGCCGAAAUCCAAACAGACACCAACACUCAUAAGAAAAAAGUAAUAGUGGCCAAAAUCAGUCCACCAUCUAAGGUACAGGCUACAAAGAAACCUAAGAAAGUAACAAAGCCUGCCGAAACACCACGCGAGGACGUCUACACGGAAGGGAACUUACUCGUCUUUGAAGAUGCCCCAAACACUAACGACAAGAGACCCGCACCUUUAGAAACUUCCGGCGACAAACCAGUUACAGACCGCUCAACUAAAGUAGUCACCACAACCAAACGGAAGAAACCCGGCGAGGGACCACCGACACAAAAAGCGCCAGCCCCCAAGGGACCUGAUAUAUCAACCGGCUCACCAGAAAUAAAACUGCCAAAAUUGAAUAAGUCAAAACCACCAAAAAAGUCUAGACCAAUUGCAGCGAGUAUGCCCAAUUCGGUAUCCAGUGUGAAGACUGCCGUGACGAAUAGGACUGACGCAGUACCUAUGAAAUCACAACGAACAGAAAAGUACAAUGGGCCAGUACGUGACAGCCACCUUCUGGUCCUACACGACUACGAGGCCCGAAUGAAGGGGGACAUGGCGAUUAGGAGGGGCGAGGUCCUCCUACUUGUAGACGCUAACGAGGCGGACUGGUGGGUAGCCAAACAGAAACAUGGGACCCGGCAGGGCUAUAUACCCUCUGCCUAUGUGGCAAGGGAGGGCACCAUGAACAUUUACCCGUGGUACGGUGGCGAGAUUUCUUUACGAGAGAGUGAACGACUGCUGAUGCGUCCACGACUUGUAACAGGAACGUUUCUUAUACGGAAACCGGAGAAGGGAGUUAAGGGCUACAUGCUGUCGAUGAGAUACAACCAGGACAACAACAAUGAGUCUGUUAAACACUAUCGUGUGAAGGAGACAAUCGAAAACGGAUCGGUAGUCUUUUACCUCACCCUCCAGCGUUCCUUCGAGAGCCUCCCUCAACUGGUGCUGCAUUACAUGGACGACAAGGGUAUCCUGUGUCACACCCUCACAGCGCCCUGUCCCAUUCCACAGCCAAUAUUGUAUGAUAUGUCACGUGAAACGCAAAAAGAUUGGGAGCUUGACAGGAAAACAAUAGAUUUCAUCGUGGAGGUCGGUCAAGGACACUUUGGGACCGUCUGGAAAGGAACUUGGAACAAAAAUACGUUUAUUGCCGUGAAAACGCUACGACCGGGUUCCAUGUCGCCUCAGUCAUUUAUGACGGAGGCGCACAUUAUGCGCCAGUUAACACAUACCAAUCUAGUGCGCCUAUACGCCGUCUGUUCACAAGAUGAGCCAAUUUACAUUAUUACAGAAUAUGUGACGAAAGGCAGUCUCGCAAAAUUUCUUAAAAGUAGGGAAGGAAGAAAACUUAAGCUACCAAAUCUGAUAGAUAUAGCAGCACAGGUCGCCAGUGGAAUGGCUUAUCUGGAAACAAAGCGGUUUAUUCAUAGAGACCUGGCGGCUCGAAACAUCCUAAUCGGUGAUGGAAAUAUAGCUAAAGUAGCCGAUUUUGGAUUGGCUAAAAUCAUCGAGGGCUACGAUUACCAAAAUCCGAACACGAACAUGCUGGGAAACAUUUUCCCUAUAAAAUGGACGGCGCCCGAGGCGGCAUUCUUUGGCCGGUUUACGAUGAAAUCUGAUGUAUGGUCAUACGGGAUCUUACUGAUGGAGAUAAUCACCUAUGGACAGAUACCUUACGCCGGUAUACGAAGUGAUCAGAUUCUCAAGAAGAUCCAGAAAGGCUACAGAAUGCCAAUUCCAAGGAACUGCCCCCAACCGGUGUACAACAUAAUGAUGCGUACAUGGGACGCUAAGGCUGGGAAGAGGCCUACUUUCGACUACCUAUACCAUUUCUUCGAUACAUAUUAUUACAAUUUGAAGAAGGAUAACUUCCCAAUUUAAUUAUAUGCGUUGGAUUUGUAUCGCCUUCCAUCGUUUAAACAGUUUGACGGGGAAAAUGCAACAUUGCUGAUUCCUCCUUUGAUUCGAAUCUACGAACGACGGAAGUACGUUGUAUUUAUUGUGUUGACCUUGCGAGGAAGUUCUAUGCAAAACACAGUUACAUAAAACAUGAAUUGCCAACUCUUUGUGUAUUUUUUACAAGGGCAUUGCAAUAUGUAUUUCUCGAGGACAAAGUGCGUUCUUUUUGGAUUCCUUUGUGGAAAUAUCGCCCUCAUAGAGGAAGUAUGCAAGUUGUGAGAGGCAACGAAAAGUUGAGAUUUUAGACAGAGAUAUAAAAUUAAGUGAUUACAGUGUAUUUUGUAUCUAUAUUUUCCAUGUAAAACUAUGUCGUGAUCUGUUCACGUGUAAUGAGCAUACGCAGGAUAGUCUUGCUUGCAAAUGGCUCCAGUCUCUCGUGGAUGGUCUAACAGUGUCACGAAAUGUGAAUUCCAAAUGGCAGCAGUCUCUUCUGGAUGGUACCACAGUGUAACGAAGUGAUUACAAAUGAAAAUAGAAGGCUAGACCAUAUAACGAAAUGUUGUUUCCGAACAGAGUUAAUCUCUUAUAAUUAUAGACGGUCCAAAAAUGGUAUUUCUAGGAGGAAACCGUUUCUACUGGAUGAUUAAACAAUGUAACAACGUGUUUCCCAAUGAAGCCAAGCUCUUCUGGAGAGUCCAACGGUGUAACAAUAUUGUUUCGAAAGAAAGCCUGUGUGGUUAUUUUCUUCUAUUUCGCAAUAUUCGCGGAUGAGUGGUUCUCCAUAAUGCUGUCAAGUGUAGUCAAAUCAAGAAUUUUCCUUUUUGAAACUUAAAUCGAGAUUAUCUAAAGCAUUUCAAGGAAAGGCUUAAACAGUGAUCGUUGAUUCUUGGUGUCGCCGUUAAAAGUAGGAGUAUAGCACCAAAUGAAUUCCCUGUGUUGGCUAAAAUCAGCAUAUAGGGCAAAAUAUUCCGGGAAUAUCAUAAAUAUGUCACAAGACUACGUUCAAGCUUGAUAGCAUCCAUUUUAACUGCUUGGUAGACUGUAACAAUCUCGUCCAAAGGCAAAGAAAAUACCAAGGUACAUUAACCUGGGGCGGUUUAUUGAAUUUCGACUUUCCACAGUAUGAGAAAGUCGUUGUACACAUUAAUAACCACAAUGUGGAAACAAACUAUAUAGUAUGGUUAUUUUUUAAAUUUAAUUCUUUUGAUAAAUACUUCACUCAUUUUUAUAAGUGCCUUCCGUAUAUUUCAACAUGUCUAUUCAUCAGGAUUUACGGCAUUUUCCCUAUAAAUCAUUAGAAUUGUUGCUGGCAUCAACAUGUGCAUUACCAGUUC